UAGUAGUAGUGUAGUAUAGUAGUGGCAGCAGUAGUAAUAGUAGUAGUAGUAGCAGUUGUAGUAGUAGUAAUAAUAGUAGUAUCAAUAGUAGUAGUAGAGAAGUGUUUGCUCAUGGAGGGACCCCAAUGGAAAUAAGUCACUUUAUCUGACUUUCUUGGGUUAUCCCAGGUUCACUACACACAUGCUGCCAUGUAUGAUAAACUAUGUAAGUGUAUCUGUGUUAAUCUGAAUAAACUAACUAUGAAGACUUCCGGCUGUGCCAGUGUUGAGGUCUGGUGGUCCAUUUGAUCUAACUCGGGAAUUUAAUACUUCCGGUUCUCUUCCCGGAGAAAACUUUGUUUCCUCUUUCAUUCCCGCCCAGAUCUGGGCAACAUAUAUCUUCCUGGUCCCUGACUCUAUGACAUUUGUGGGUUUUGCGCUUAGUUUUGGUUGUAAUAAUAACUCCUGGAGUCCGAGAAGCAGGGUUCAAUAAAGCGUCAACUCUGGUGGCCCUGAAUAACCCAACAACAACAACAAUAAUAAUAACAAAGUUGCAAUAUUGCUGCCUCUUUUUUUUUUUUUUUACAAAUUGCUCAGUACUCUUGUGAGUGCCUCAGUUGCAAGUUGCAGGUCGUACUCCUGGCACUCGCUGCAACAAAACUGGUUAAACAAUAAAACUAAAGUAGUAGAAGUUUGAUAAAUCAGGUGACUUCACUGACUCAGAUUUGAAGAAGUUCGUUGUAGGCCAUCUUGCUCCAGGGGUGAGUGAUGGCACCUCCCCCAGGGAUAAAAAGCACCUUCUUAAUUCCUACUGAUCUGCUCGACGAUAUUGCAAGUCGAUUUCUGCUUGAUGCUCCGGAGUCUGAACUAGGAAACCCUAUAUCCUUGUGCUUUCUGACUGAGUUGGCUUACUGGUUCUACCUGGAUGAGUAUGCAGAGGAAGAUGAUUCGCUCAACAACCUUAAGUUUGAUCCAUUUGCUCAACAGCUUCUGAAUAGAGUUGGGUUCAAGCCUCAGACAGGAACCAUUGAGGACAUGCUGCAGGGUUUCCGGGACUUCAAGCAUCGCGUGCCAACAUACGGUGGGCUCUUGCUCAAUGAGGACCUUAGUCAGGUUCUCCUUGUACAGGGAUUUUGGCACCGUGCUUCAUGGGGUUUUCCAAAAGGCAAGAUCAACGUUGAUGAGGAACCCCAUAAGUGUGCUAUCAGAGAAGUACUGGAAGAAACUGGCUAUGACAUAUCACCACUGAUCGACCCAAAUGUUUACUUGGAGACUUCCAUUGGGGAGCAGUUUGUGCGUCUCUACAUCAUCCCAGGAGUCUCCACAGCUACAGAAUUUGUUCCCCGCACCAAAGGAGAGAUCAAACAACUCAAGUGGUUUCCCAUCAGCCAACUGCCGUCACACAAGAAUGACCGCAAUUUUAAUAAGGUCAAUGGCUCAACUAACAUGUUUUACAUGGUGAUGCCUUUUGUGAAGUAAGUAUCAUUAUCCACUUAUUUGUUGUUGAUUACAUAGAAACUGGAUGGAGUAAGAGAGACACACAGAACUUCAUCUAAAAUUGUUAGUGUGGCAAAACAUUAUGCUUUUUCACCUCUAGAAAUUUAGGUUUUGUAGUAUUAUUAUAGAACAUCCUUCUACCCUUUAGCAAAGUAUAAAGUGCCUUGUAAAUAAAGCUGGAUUAAAAAUCGUGCAA